AUGCAAAGGAGCAAAUAAUCUUAUAUAAACUGUAAUAAGAUAAACAGUAAUCAUAAUUCCGAUGAUGAAUGGGAUAAUUAUGUCCUAAUAGAUGAAGAGUCACAAGAAAUAUCUUUACAGAAUCAUGAAUCUUCUAAUACUGUUCAGGGAUAACAUAAUUAAGACAUUAUUUUAUCAAAUUAAAGUAAAAUGAUAAUUUAGGAAAAAGAAAGGAAAAAAUAUAAAGACUUAUACCCUUUCAGAAUUAAUGAUUUAUCUAAAGGAAAGAAGAAAAAGAAUAUAUUACUAUAUAACAAUCCAAAAAUAGAUAAUCCAUCUCUAAAAGCCUCAUAUAUGAAUAGUCGUAUAUUUAAAUAGUAUAUAUCUCACAGAACCAAAAUGAAUACGUAAAAAUUAGAUUGA